GGUGGUCUGUGAGCCUCCCAACAACAAGCUGGACAGGUUCUGUGGUCUUCUGUGCUGGAGAGAUUGUAAAUACCCCCUGAGCAACCACAACAUGUUACUACGAGGCUGUGUUCUCCGCAACACAGAGACCUGCUACGGACUAGUCAUCUUUGCAGGCCCAGACACCAAGCUGAUGCAGAAUAGUGGUCGCACCAAAUUCAAACGCACAAGCAUCGACCGCCUCAUGAACACACUGGUGCUCUGGAUCUUUGGCUUCAUGGUGUGUAUGGGUGUGAUCCUGGCUGUGGGGAACGCUGUGUGGGAGAGAGAGGUGGGUUCUCUGUUCCAGAGUUACCUGGCCUGGGACCUGCCUGUAGACAACUUCCUGUUCUCUGCUUUCCUCUCCUUCUGGUCCUACGUCAUCAUUCUCAACACCGUGGUGCCCAUCUCACUCUACGUCAGUGUGGAGGUGAUUAGGCUGGGUCAUAGUUACUUUAUAAACUGGGACAGGAAGAUGUUCUGUCCACAGUGUAACACAGCAGCUGAAGCCAGGACCACCACUCUCAACGAGGAACUGGGACAGGUGGAGUACAUCUUCAGUGACAAGACAGGAACUCUCACUCAGAACAUCAUGAGCUUCAGCAAGUGCUCUAUCAAUGGACAUGCCUAUGGUGAGGUGAUCGACCCAUUGGGAGCACAGCCAAAGAGGCUAGACUUCUCCUCCUUCAACCCCCUGGCGGACCCUGACUUCUGUUACUAUGACAACGGUCUGCUGAAGUCUGUGAAGCUGGGAGACCUUCACAGCCACGAGUUCUUCCGGCUGCUUUCCCUCUGUCACACCGUCAUGAGUGAGGAGAAGAAGGAGGGAGAGUUGAUGUAUAAGGCCCAGUCUCCAGAUGAGGGUGCGUUGGUGACAGCAGCCAGGAACUUUGGUUUUGUGUUCCGGUCUAGAACCCCUGGUACUGUCACUGUGACAGAGCUGGGCCGACCCGUCACAUACACACUGCUGGCCAUCCUUGACUUCAACAACAUCCGCAAGAGGAUGUCCGUUAUAGUGCGUAACCCUGAGGGGAGGAUACGUCUAUACUGUAAAGGAGCUGAUACUCUGUUGUUUGAGAGGCUCCACUCCUCCAACAAUCACCUGGUGAACAUCACAACAGAUCACCUUAAUGAGUAUGCUGGGGACGGUUUGCGGACCCUGGCCCUGGCCUACAGAGACCUGUCAGAGGAGCAGUGGGAGGAGUGGUCAGAGAGACACCGCCAAGCAGACAGAGCUACAGACUGUAGAGAGGACAGACUGGCUGACAUAUAUGAACACAUAGAACAGGACAUGAUGCUCCUGGGAGCCACAGCCAUAGAGGAUAAGCUACAGGAGGGAGUUCCUGAGACCAUCGCUAUCCUCUCUCUCGCUAACAUCAAGAUCUGGGUCCUCACGGGAGACAAACAGGAGACAGCAGUUAAUAUAGGUUACUCCUGUAAGAUGCUGACUGGUGAUAUGACUGAGGUGUUCAUCAUCAGUGGAAACACAGUGCUGAGUGUUAGAGAGGAACUCAGGAGAGCGAGGGAGAGGAUGAUAGAGUUUGCCCGUACGAGAGAGGGAGAAAAGGAGGAGGGGAUGGAGGGAUGGGGCGAGGCCUGUUCUCUGGGGAAUGGGUUUGGAGGAGACGGGGGAGGAGAUGGGAGAGAGUGGCCCUCCGUGGGGGACAAACAGCAGCAGUGUCCCCCUCCCCCUGGCCCUCCCGCCCCUCGACCCCCCUCCUCAACCACGCUAGACUCCAUAUCUGGAGAGUUCGCUCUCGUCAUCAACGGACAUAGCCUGGCCCAUGCGUUGGAGGCUGAUAUGGAGGGGGAGUUUGUGUCUACAGCGUGUGUCUGUAGAGCAGUGAUCUGCUGCAGGGUGACUCCUCUACAGAAAGCCCUGGUGGUGGAGCUCAUCAAGAAACACAAGAAAGCUGUCACCCUGGCCAUAGGAGACGGGGCUAAUGAUGUUAGCAUGAUCAAGACGGCUCAUAUAGGAGUGGGCAUCAGUGGUCAGGAGGGCUUCCAGGCAGUGCUGGCGUCUGACUACUCCUUCUCCCAGUUCCGCUUCCUCCAGCGCCUGCUGCUGGUCCACGGACGCUGGUCCUACCUCCGCAUGUGUCGCUUCCUCUGCUACUUCUUCUACAAGAACUUUGCCUUCACCAUGGUGCACUUCUGGUUUGGCUUCUUCUGUGGCUUCUCUGCCCAGACAGUAUAUGAUCAGUACUUCAUCACUCUCUAUAACAUCGUCUACACCUCUCUCCCCGUGCUGGCCAUGGGAAUAUUUGACCAGGAUGUCCCAGAGCAGCGUAGUCUGGAGUAUCCUAAGCUGUAUGAGCCAGGUCAGCUUAACCUGCUGUUCAACAAGAGAGAGUUCUUCAUCUGUAUAACCCAGGGUAUCUACACUAGUGUUGUGUUGUUCUUCGUACCCUAUGCCAUCCUGUCCCACGGAACCCAGGGCACCGGGGAACCCCUCGCUGACUACCAGACCUUUGCUGUUACCACGGCCACCACCCUGGUGAUCGUGGUCAGUGUGCAGAUUGCUCUGGACACAGGCUACUGGACAGCCAUCAACCAUUUCUUUGUGUGGGGCUCUGUGGGCUCCUUCUUCACCAUCAUGUUGGCUAUGCACAGCCAGACUCUAUUCAGCAUCUUCCCCAACCAGUUCCACUUCGUAGGCAGUGCCCAGAGCACACUGGUCCAGCCGCUGGUGUGGUUGACCAUCGUCUUGGCCACAGUGAUCUGCAUCGUUCCAGUUCUGGCUUUCCGAUUCCUCAAACUGGACCUGAAACCACAGCUCUCUGAUACGGUGCGUUACACCCAGCUGGUGCGUCAGAAGACGAGGAAGCCAGUGGGUCGAUGCAUGGGAGGAGUCAGGGGCGGGGGCGUGCCUGAGGGUCGUCUGGGGGCGAGGGGCGGGUUCAGGAGGUCAGGAUAUGCCUUUGCCCACCAGGAGGGCUUUGGGGAGCUCAUCACCUCUGGGAAGAACAUGAGACUGUCCUCCCUGGCCCUGGCCAACUUUGCCUCCAGACACAGCUCCAGCUGGAUAGACACCCUGCGCAAAAAGAAACACUCAAAUACACAUCCCCCGCAGAACGCCUCAGGAGAGAGCAGCCCGGCACCUAGCUAUGUGUCGGGAUCGGCUCCCCCCCUGUCUAAUUCAUCCUCUCUCUUGGGGGGGUCACAGGAUACUCCCCUGGAGGAGGGAACACACACGCUGCCUGUCAUACUCCCACAGGUGGCUUCUGGCCCUCCCGCAAACAUACCUCCAGCGUUAGCUCCAGCCCAGGUCCCCUCUGCUGACGCUUUCACUGCCACCUCUGUGAGGAGUCCUGGGGGAGACUCGGUUGGUGGCUGGAACCUUAGUCUGGGCGCUGUACAGGAUGCUCUAUUUGGUUGGAGGGGCGUCGCCUAUCGCACCAGCGGAACCAGCAGCCCGGGACCUCCCCCUGUUCCCAAGGAAACCAACCACACCUUGUGAGACGGACAGACAGAUGGACAGAUGAUAGAAAGAAGAAGGACAGGCUGUCAUAUCCCACUGGAUUCUCUUGGAAUACGUGAAGAAAUACUGCAUUUGGAAGUUUGGAAUACUGAAGGUGGAAUGUUUGGAAUGGCACUCACCCUGGUUUAGGAAGAGAUCCAAAGUUGCAGCCAUUGUAGGCAGAAGGCAUGCACACCCAUCAACACCCACUGGCACCCAUAUGACACUGUCGUUGCAAUAGUGUUGGUACAUAUAUGUUUCCGUCUGAAAGAUAGUGUGUGGUAGUUGUGAUAGACAUGCUCAGACUACCCACAACCCACUUCUCUGUCUUCUUCAACCAAUGAGGCAGGCUGAAAGAAGCAUUUCUUCAUGCAAAUGAUGUAACCAUCUGCUGAAGAGCUUGGUACCACAGGGUUCCGGACAGAAACCCCACUCCAACAGCACCGCUGUGGUUCAGACAUGACUAUACUAUUUAUACAAUGGAUCAUAUGUCAUAACAUCAUAUCAGAUUGGUUCAAAACAAAGUAUUGAAUUGAGUCUUUAUGACAGAAGAGAGGUUCAUUUGAUCAUCAGAAAGGUGGUGAAUUGAGUCUUUAUGACAGAAGAGAGGUUCAUUUGAUGGUCAGAAAGGUGGUGAAUUGAGUCUUUAUGACAGAAGAGAGGUUCAUUUGAUCAUCAGAAAGGUGGUGAAUUGAGUCUUUAUGACAGAAGAGAGGUUAAUUUGAUCAUCAGAAAUGUGGUGAAUUGAGUCUUUAUGACAGAAGAGAGGUUCAUUUGAUCAUCAGAAAGCUGGUGAAUUGAGUCUUUAUGACAGAAGAUAGGUUCAUUUGAUCAUCAGAAAGGUGGUGAAUUGAGUCUUUAUGACAGAAGAGAGGUUAAUUUGAUCAUCAGAAAUGUGGUGAAUUGAGUCUUUAUGACAGAAGAGAGGUUCAUUUGAUCAUCAGAAAGCUGGUGAAUUGAGUCUUUAUGACAGAAGAGAGGUUCAUUUGAUCAUCAGAAAGGUGGUGAAUUGAGUCUUUAUGACAGAAGAGAGGUUCAUUUGAUCAUCAGAAAUGUGGUGAAUUGAGUCUUUAUGACAGAAGAGAGGUUCAUUUGAUGGUCAGAAAGGUGGUGAAUUGAGUCUUUAUGACAGAAGAGAGGUUCAUUUGAUGGUCAGAAAGGUGGUGAAUUGAGUCUUUAUAACAGAAGAGAGGUUCAUUUGAUCAUCAGAAAGGUGGUGAAUUGAGUCUUUAUGACAGAAGAGAGGUUAAUUUGAUCAUCAGAAAGGUGGUGAAUUGAGUCUUUAUGACAGAAGAGAGGUUCAUUUGAUCAUCAGAAAGGUGGUGAAUUGAGUCUUUAUGACAGAAGAGAGGUUCAUUUGAUGGUCAGAAAGGUGGUGAAUUGAGUCUUUAUGACAGAAGAGAGGUUAAUUUGAUCAUCAGAAAGGUGGUGAAUUGAGUCUUUAUAACAGAAGAGAGGUUCAUUUGAUCAUCAGAAAGGUGGUGAAUUGAGUCUUUAUGACAGAAGAGAGGUUCAUUUGAUGGUCAGAAAGGUGGUGAAUUGAGUCUUUAUAACAGAAGAGAGGUUAAUUUGAUCAUCAGAAAGGUGGUGAAUUGAGUCUUUAUGACAGAAGAGAGGUUCAUUUGAUGGUCAGAAAGGUGGUGAAUUGAGAUGAAAUAGCAGAAGUGAGUUGUUUUUAUGAUCAGCUGCUGUUAGACAUAGUACUCCAAUACACCUGUCUGUAUCCAGCUGUUAACCAAUCAUAAACAUGUAUUUAAUAGGCCAAGUAAUGCUAUCUACCUUCUCUAAUAAUGUAUGACAGCGUGUAAACCAAUGCAGUAGUGUAGAGCUGUCCCUCUAACCUGUACAGUCUGUAUGAGGAAUGUCUCUAGAACCUUAUCAGUGGUCCUGGUCUUUGUAUUCAUGAUUACAUAUUAAUGUGUCACCAUGGCCAAAGGCUUAGUCAAACCAGGCAGGCUGCACCAUCCUACACUCUUAUGGGUACAUACUACUGUACAUUCUCUAUCUGUCUGCCUGACUGAAAUCUUCACAUACAUAGUCCGUCUGUUGUUUUAGCCAAUAACUUGGCAGGACACUGAGGGGUUCAGUCAGCCAACCAAUGACUGAAGAAUGCAGGAUGCUGUCCUUGCUGGAAUGUUGUAGUAUAUAUCAUCAUAAGUUCGUGGGCAGAGUUUCUGUGUUCACUAUAGUUCUCAGUGAGAACGCCAUUUUAACCUUACAGGACACAGCAAGACUCCUCUUCGUCAUGUUCUUCUUCAUCCUCCACUGCACCAUAUUGGUGACCUGCUGCUGGGCCCACAGACAGAACUACAGUUAUAUCUCUGACUCUGAGCCCCACCCGUACUGGGCUUAAUAGAGAGGAGAUGGACUUCUAACAACAACCUGGACCUCCAUGUUGCUUUGGGGCAGACUGACUCUGAGGCGUUGUGAGAGACAAUGGACAAUAAGCCCUCUAUGGCGUCCAUGUUGCUUUGGGGCGGACUGACUCUGAGGCGUUGUGAGAGACAAUGGACAAUAAGCCCUCUAUGGCGUCCAUGUUGCUUUGGGGAGGACUGACUCUGAGGCGUUGUGAGAGACAAUGGACAAUAAGCCCUCUAUGGCGUCCAUGUUGCUUUGGGGAGGACUGACUCUGAGGCGUUGUGAGAGACAAUGGACAAUAAGCCCUCUAUGGCGUCCAUGUUGCUUUGGGGCGGACUGACUCUGAGGCGUUGUGAGAGACAAUGGACAAUAAGCCCUCUAUGGCGUCCAUGUUGCUUUGGGGCGGACUGACUCUGAGGCGUUGUGAGAGACAAUGGACAAUAAGCCCUCUAUGGCGUCCAUGUUGCUUUGGGGAGGACUGACUCUGAGGCGUUGUGAGAGACAAUGGACAAUAAGCCCUCUAUGUCGUCCAUGUUGCUUUGGGGCGGACGGAGGCUUGGGAGGGGGGGAUCAGGGUUAUUAUUAUUAAGCCUUAAUAAAUCCACAGUAAUGAUGAUCAACCCAGUUCAUCCCUCUACUAGGCAUGUCAUCAUGUAACGUAUUCCUUCUAUACAGCAGGGGAAACAAACCCAGUCCUCCAGGGCCACUGGAAUGAUGCUUUCACUGUUGUACUCUACAGUAUACAGCUUCUGGUUAGAAAGAUAUAGGGUGAAACUAGGUGAGACAGCUGUUGUACUCUACAGCAUACAGCUUCUGGUUAGAAAGAUAUAGGGUGAAACUAGGUGAGACAGCUGUUGUACUCUACAGCAUACAGCUUCUGGUUAGAAAGAUAUAGGGUGAAACUAGGUGAGACAGCUGUUGUACUCUACAGCAUACAGCUUCUGGUUAGAAAGAUAUAGGGUGAAACUAGGUGAGACAGCUGUUGUACUCUACAGCAUACAGCUUCUGGUUAGAAAGAUAUAGGGUGAAACUAGGUGAGACAGCUGUUGUACUCUACAGCAUACAGCCUCUGGUUAGAAAGAUAUAGGGUGAAACUAGGUGAGACAGCUGUUGUACUCUACAGCAUACAGCUUCUGGUUAGAAAGAUAUAGGGUGAAACUAGGUGAGACAGCUGUUGUACUCUACAGCAUACAGCUUCUGGUUAGAAAGAUAUAGGGUGAAACUAGGUGAGACAGCUGUUGUACUCUACAGCAUACAGCUUCUGGUUAGAAAGAUUAUAGGGUGAAACCAGCACAACCAGUCUCUGCUGGACCUGUCUCUCCCUGCUGUAGAGGGCUCAAACCACAAGUCAGUGCAACAUAAUAUCACACUCAAUUUGUGCAAAUAUGUACAAAAAGUAUUUCAGCAGAUUUUGUGCGUUUUUAUGUGGCUUAAUUUGUGUGAAAAUACAACAUAAAAUGCUCAAAUAACUUUGAUAAUAUUAUUCCUACGUUUGCCCCCCAAAACUGAAUUUUCCUAUGAAUUAAGUUGCACAAAAAUGUGUCUUUUCACACGAAUUAAGUCACACAAAAAUUCACAAAAACACACAAAAUAUGCUUAAAUACUUUUUGUACAUAUUUGCACGAGUUGAGUGUGAGAUUGUUUUGCAACGUGUUAUAAAGUGCUUGAAUUGUGCCAGAACGCACUAGUACCGAGUAUCGCACCUCAAAUGUAUUACUGUUUUGAGUUUUGGCACCUCUUACAGAGUUUUGCUUUAAAAUAUUGUGGCGUUCUGCCAGUGGCACAUAAUUAUAAACAGUAGGGGCGCCCUAUUUCAGUCCACUUCAAGCACUGGUGUUAUAGAUAGAUACAGCAGGUUGAUGUUGGGUUUCAGUGAGAACGUUCAAGUUAAGAAAGUUACUCAAGUCUUUGUCCAUCCAAAGAGGAAGUGUCAACUGAAAUAUAAUUAUUUACAGUUGACAUCAAAGUAUGAUUUCGUUUGUAGUGUGACUGUACAGGGAAUAAUGUUUAUAAUAAGGGAAACAAUCAAUCUAA